AUGGAGAACAGGUUUGAGAAAAGAGUAAAUCAGUUCAUUAACCGUGAUGGUCCAAAAUGUGAGCCUGGACGGCACAAAGGGGCGCCUGAUAACAUGAAAGCUGGUAGAAGUGAUCAAGCUACUGCAGUUGACCCGUUCAUUGACUUGAAAGAGGGGAAGAAAUACGCGUAUAUUGUUGCUGGCGGGCAGGGAACACAGAGGUUAAUGAAUUCUGCAGAGGUUUUUGAUAAAACUUCUAAUUCUUGGCAGAAAUUGCAACCUAUGAAAAGCCGCCGUGCUUUUGCAAGUUCGGUGGUCCACAACGAUCAAAUCCUUGUUGCAGGUGGGGAGACAGAAGAUAACGCUUGCAUAAGUAGCAUUGAACAAUUUAGUCGGUUUUGGUCUCAUUUUCAAGUUAAUAUGCCUAAGGCAUUGAGGGAGCAUCGCUGUGUUAUGUUUGACGAUAGAAUGUUCAUCAUUGGGGGCUUUGAUCCAGAGAAAAAGCAAUAUUCUGAUCUUAUCUAUGAGGUCCAGCUACGUUUUCCUUUCAAUACAAAAAUUUUAGCCAAAUUGCCAACAUCUAUACCCGUCCGAAGCUGCGGUGUUGUUCUUGUUGGUGAUAAAAUUUUGAUGUUUGGUGGUUAUAACAGAGGUGGUUAUGGCAUUACCAAUAACGUGACGAUGUAUGAUAUAUCUCAGAACGAGUUUAAAGAGCUUGCGCCAUUACCUACCGGCAUGAAAGACGUGGCGACCGUCAAGUUUGUAGAAAAUGUUGUUCUUGCUGGGGGUUUCUCGGGCAGUGAUGUUUUCAGUUAUAAUGUCGAGACACAAAAAUGUGUCAAUCUGCCAUCCAUGAGUUGCAAACGUCUUAAUUGUUGUGCAGUUGUUGAUGGACAAUCAAUGGUGGUGAUGGGAGGUUGGUGUGGAAAACCUUUAGAUUCAGUCGAAGCCUAUGACUUUCGGACCUCUGCGUGGAGAAAGCUUCCUUCAAUGAAAGAAGCAAGGCAUAACUUCAUUGCAGAAAUUAUCUAA